UUGUUUUUCCACUCGAGCUGUUGGGGCUGAUACGACCCUGAAUCAGGGGACAGGGAGGACCUUGGGGGCUUCGCCUCGAUGCAACAGAUUCCGAUAUAUAGGAGAGAUUAAGGAUAAUCAUACAUAGUAUUCUUGAAGAUACAUCUGAGAUGGAGAUCAAAGUCCUAGUGCUGUGCGCCGCCCUGUUGGGGUCAACCUCCGCAAAAUGCCUCGGGAAUAACUGCGAUGACGGACACAGGUCCCCCGAAGGAUCCAGUCAGACUUCUGGCAUAAGCAUCACCCGCCCUGGAAACUUGAUCAGGAAAGACAGCGAUUCCGAAGGACAACACAAUAGCAAAUUCAUUUUAGGAACAUCCAAUACACGUUACGGUGAGACAAAUCCGUCCGGGUAUGGCAUCGGAUCCCCUGUUGGCGUAGGAUCCUCCAGUGGCAGCUUCGGAAACUCGAGGCCUUUUGGAUAUGACUACCGAGUUGGUGGUGGGACGAAUCGGAAUGAUGGCUACCAGGGGAACAGAGGCAACACCUUCACGGAUGGGUUCAUUAAUUCCAUCAAUACCGAUUCUUACAGCAACGACAGACCAUCUGGUAUUGGUGGUGGUCUGUUCUCCGGCGAUUAUCCUGGAGGCCGUUAUCCUGGAAAUGGCGGUUAUGCUGAUGACGGCAGAGGGAGAUAUCCCUCGAAUAGUUUUGGCUUCUCAGACACUGGCUACAAUAAUGUCUUCCCAUCUAAUAACAACUACGGUGGUUACCCUUAUGGCGACGGUGGUUAUAAUGGCUAUGAGCCAAACUUCCUCCCCGGUGGUGGGAAUACAUUCACCUUCCUCCCCGGAAGCGGAUAUGUACGUAAUGUCGGGGACGCAGGAGGCUCCUUACCAGGGAAUGUCUAUUUCCCUCGAAGGAACAAUGACGGCUUCCUUCCAUCCGGAGGUAUCUACACCGUGCCACUCGGGGACACCGGGAGGUAUCCCAUCUACUCGAACUUCAACAACAACAGAGGAUUUGGCUCUACUAAUCCCUCCUUUGUGGGAGAUUCCUUCGCCGGGAAUAAUUUAGGUGGAUUCGCCUCACGUUACCCAAAUCUCUACCCCGCCAACGAUAAUAGAAGAUUUUUCUCUGGCAAUAACUUUGGGUAUCCCGGGAACAAUUUCGGUGGAGGUUCUCGCUAUCCCUCAGGUGGUAAUGGCUUUGUUGAUGGCAACAGUCUCCCAGUUGGUACCAACACUGGAUUCGUGUCUCCUGCCAUCAACACAGGAUACGGGCCUCCUACUGUCACCCCAGGAUACGGGCCUCCUACUGUCACCCCAGGAUACUUACCUCCACCUGGCAAGUAAAGUACCAGAUUCGGAGACCAAUGAAUGGAAGAAGACUUAGUACAAAUAUUACCGAUUUGCUGCAUUCGUACAAUCAUUAUGCCAUAAUAGUUGCACUCGUAGAUCGUUGCGUUUUAUAAAAAUGAAUAAAAAAAAUUAGAGGCAA